CCAGUAUAAAUAUGGCCACAGUUCGUCUACUAAACGUCAAAAGCAAUUAAGCUCUCAUACAAAAAGAUCACAAUCUUUUGAAUAAUUCUAAAAACCAACAAACAUAAUGAAAUAUUUCAGUGUUUUGUGCAUUUUCCUCAUCUUUGCUUUGGCCGCUUGUUAUGCUGCCUCGGCUGAACCCAAAUCGGAGGUGGAUGCCUCCCUGGCCGAGAAGAAAACAGAGAAACGUGGCAUUUAUGGUUUCGGUUACGGUCAUGGUUUAGCCGGCUAUGGUGGCUAUUAUGGCCAUGGUUUUGGUUAUCCUCAUUAUGGUGGCUAUGCUGCUGUCCAUCAUGGCUAUGCCGCUCCCUAUUAUGGUGGUGGUCAUGGUUACUAUCCUUAUCAUCAUGGAUUCUAUCAUUAGGAGCGAACGAGCCACAUAGAUUUACAAAACUUUGGAUUUGUAAAAAAUAAUUUGUUUUUGUAUAUAAAGCGCAUCCAAAGGAUACCAUUUAAAGAGAGGUCAGUUUAUGUUUCCAAUAACCCCAAAAACAAUUGUAAGGGGAAACAAAGUGUACA